CCACAGUACGCCUACUUCAGGAUGGGGCUCCGGCAGAAGGAGAUGGUGAAGGCCCGGCUCUUCCAAAUGCCCUUCGCUGAGCUCAGGAACCGGCACAUCUUCCUGGAGCGCCGGGGCUUCUACCAGACCCCGCACAAAGGCCAGACCAAGACCGAUAACCCAAAGCUGAAGGACAUCAUUCAGCUCCCGGAGAAGGACUUCCUGGGCAGCCUGGCCUGCUCCACUGCAGAGGAGUAUGAGGUCUUCAAGAAGAUGCUGGCUCGAGAGGAGGAGGAGGACAGGGAUGCACUAUACGAAGAGGACGAGGAAGACUUGGAUAGCGAAGGAAGUAAACCAGCCUGGAAGUGAGGAGAUGAGGCUCUCAGGUGCCUGAGCUCCCCCCUGCUGAGCCCUCCCCAGCCCCACAGCCAUCCUGGGUGCUCUGGGCCCCCACCCCACACUGGCACGGCCAUGGUGGUUGCAGGACCUGCCAUCCUGCCAGCUACAGGGGUCCCCAAGGAGGGGCAGCAAUAAAUCCCUUGGAUUUACAACAGUAACCCUCCUUUCUCCUCAUUGAGCAACUACUUAAAAUAUCCAGUUUCCAUAAAGUGUUUUUAUUUAAAAAAAAAAAAUCAAACCGAAAUAACUAA